AGGAUGGCACGGCGGUCACGUGACUGAAAAAGCAUUUGCCACGAAAUACCGGCUGGCGCCGCGCUUCCGGGUGCGUGAGACCCCGCCCCGAUUUUCGGGUUCCGCGCGCGUGGGCCGAAGACUGCGAUUGUGCGACGACGACGAGAUGGACAAGUGGAGCUCGGCGACGUCCGUCACUUACAAGCGCUGGAAAAAUCCCGAGCACAAUCCGGAGGGGAACCCCUCGGCUCCCAAUGCGGACUCCUCGCGUUCGAUGGAGGAAAACUGCUCCGUGACCAUCGGACGCCUCAAGUCUCCCCGCUCGCCGGCGGCGGAUACGACUCAAGAAACCUCCUUCAGUCUGGACGAGGCGCUGGACGCCCUCGGCUUCGGAAGCUUCCAGUGGAAAUUGUUAUUUCUCACCGGGUUCUCCUGGGUGGCCGACGCCAUGGAGAUGAUGAUCCUCGGCAUCUUGGGCCCGCAGCUGCACUGCGAGUGGAGCUUGCCGGGCUACAAAGUCGCUCUCAUCACGUCGGUGGUGUUUGCCGGGAUGUGCUUCAGCUCGUCGUUAUGGGGAAACUUGUCUGACAAGUACGGCAGGAAAAAGGGGCUGACCGUUUGCAUGUGUUGGACGUUUUACUACAGCGUGUUGAGCGCGCUGGCGCCGGACUUUUGUUGGAUUUUGGUGCUGCGAGGCCUGGUGGGCUUUGGGAUCGGAGGAGCCCAUCAAUCGGUGACUCUGUACUCGGAAUUCCUUCCGUGCAAGGGGAGGGGCUUAGCCGUCAUCCUGAUAGCAGCUUUCUGGGCUCUGGGCGCCGUGUUCGAGGUCCUCCUGGCCUUGUGGGUCAUGCCCACCCUGGGCUGGCGCUGGCUGCUGGGCCUGUCCUCCACGCCGUUGGCCAUCUUUCUGUGCUUUUGCCUGUGGCUGCCCGAGAGUCCUCGCUUCGACCUCCUGAAUGGAGACCGAGGCAAAGUCAUGGCGACGUUACAGAGGAUCGCCAGAGACAACGGCAAGGCCUUACCUCGGGGAAGGAUGGUCUGCGACAUACAGCGGAACGACCGUGGGCGUCUCCGAGACCUUUUUACACGACGGUAUUACAAAACGACGCUUCUCCUCUGGUUCAUAUGGUUUUCCUUCGCUUUUACCUAUUACGGAAUCAUCCUGCUGACGACAGAGAUGUUCCAAUCUGGAGAUUCGUGUGGGGCCACCCAGGGGGCCAAAACGGAACCGAGUUGUAGUCUGGAAUGCAAAUUUUUGACAUCAGAGGACUACAGAGACUUGUUAUGGACGACCUUUGCUGAAUUUCCAGGCCUGGUCGUCGUUCUGGGGACGGUGGACUGUCUGGGCAGGAAGAAAAGCAUGGCCUUGCCCCUCUUCAUCUUCACCUUGAGCAUUCUGCCCUUGUACGCCUGUAUCGGGAGGAUGACUCUCACAGUUUUCAUCUUCAUCGGCAGAGCCUUCAUCUCGGGUGGAUUCCAAGUCGUUUAUGUGUACACGCCAGAAGUCUUCCCGACCGAGAUCAGAUCGUUGGCCGUUGGCACCUGCAGCACCAUGUCCAGGGUGGGCGCCCUCAUCACGCCCUUCGUGGCACAGGUGCUGCUCAGACAUUCCGUGUCCUUGACGCUGACCCUGUAUUGCCUCUGCUCUUUCCUGGCCGGCCUCAUGUGCCUGCUGCUGCCCGUCGAGACGUCGGGGAGGGCCCUCCAGGAGUCCGAGCGGACCCCCACGCUCGGGUCCGCCAAAAGGUCCCCCUAAAUGUCCGAGACUGAAACGGCUGGGCAAAGAAGAGGAGUCAAGACAAGCACGCCAUUAAGGUGGAAGACGUUUCAUUGGUUGAUUACAUUCUCUUGGACUGGCUACGUAGAUGUUUAUCUCUUUUGUUAAUUAAAUCCCAUUUACACCA